CAGAUUCAUCACUAUUCCUGGAGAGACGUACCCACUUCCUGCGGAGGUGGCGUUAAUGAAGAUGGUAUCCAAGCCACCUCACUGUAAUUCUGUGCUGAAACUACUGGAUUGGUUUGACACGCCCGAGCACUACAUCCUAAUCCUGGAGCGACCCAUCCCCUGUAUGGACCUCUUUGACUUCAUUCAGCAGUUCCCAAUGAAUGAAGCUGUGGCUCAGCUCAUCAUGUGGCAGGUGGUUCUGGCUGCAAUUCACUGCCAUGAUUGUGGAGUUUUUCACCGGGACAUCAAGCCAGAAAAUCUUCUGGUGAACACAGAGACACUGGAGGUCAAGCUGAUCGACUUUGGCUGUGGGGACUUACACAAGGAAACAGCGUACACCUCAUUUUCAGGCACUAAGUCAUACGCUCCACCUGAGUGGAUAGUUGAGAAGGAAAUGUAUGGCUGCCCUGCUACUGUGUGGAGUCUGGGCGUACUCCUGCACACCAUAGUUUGUGGAGAGAUGCCGUUCGGGGAUGAAGUGGAGAUUGUUGAUGGGGGUCUGGACUUUUUACCUGAACUUUCUGAUACAUGCUACCAUCUGAUAAGUAGGUGUCUGGAGAAACAGCCUGAAAAACGUCUCAGCCUUAAUGAAAUCCUUCAGCAUGAGUGGUUUACAGAGAACAGUAUGAGGCAUCUGCGUGGAUGAAGAUUAUAGU